ACAGGGAGUCAUGUGUCAGAAGGUCGUGAGGUGAGCGGAUAGAGAGCAGCGACCAGCCGCCGUAUAACCCCAAACAUCCACCGCUUUUCCUUCCAGGCAGACUCCAGGGGAAACAUGGAGAGGAAAAGGUGGGAGUGCUCGGCUCUCCCGAAUGGUUGGAAAAGGGAAGAAGUGACCAGAAAGUCGGGCUUGUCCGCGGGGAAAAGUGAUGUCUAUUAUUUUAGUCCAUCGGGAAAGAAGUUUCGGAGUAAGCCACAGCUGGCCCGUUACCUGGGAAACUCCAUGGACCUGAGCUCUUUUGAUUUCCGCACAGGGAAAAUGCUUAUGAGCAAACUAAACAAGAAUAGACACCGGACACGCUAUGAUCACAAUCAAAGCAAGGGUAAACCUGAUCUGAACACGUCACUACCGGUUCGACAGACAGCAUCCAUCUUCAAACAGCCGGUCACCAAAGUUACAAACCACCCCAGCAACAAGGUUAAGACGGACCCACAAAAAGCUGUUGAGCAGCCCAAACAGCUGUUCUGGGAGAAAAAGCUGAGUGGACUCAAUGCGUAUGAUAUAGCAGAGGAACUGGUGAAGACUAUGGAUCUUCCUAAAGGUUUGCAAGGUGUUGGUCCAGGCUACUCAGAUAAGACUCUUCUGUCAGCUCUCGCGAGCGCUCUUCACACAAGCUCAAGUCCAAUCACAGGCCAGCUGUCUGCAGCGGUGGAGAAGAACCCUGGAGUCUGGCUGAACACAUCACAGCCACUCUGCAAAACCUUUAUGGUCACUGAUGAAGACAUCAGGAAGCAGGAAGAUCUGGUGUAUAAUGUGAGGAAGAGGCUGGAGGAAGCGCUCAUGGCAGACAUGUUAGCACACAUAGAGGAAUCUGCUGUUGAUGCCAAAUCACUGGAGGAAGAAUCCAAUGAUGAGGAGAUGGAGGCUGUAUAACUGUUAAUCAGUGUCGACUAGACCUGGAUCAUCACAGUAUUUUUACUCCCAACACCCAAAGACGCAUUCACACGCUGAAGCUGAUCCCUAUACAGAAAACAAAACCUCUUUGACUCAACACUUUCUUCUCUAAAGCAUCUGUGAAGUUCAUAUUUUACCCAGAACAUUUCAAGCAACAGUUUUUAUAAAACCACGUUCACUUUUUCUUAAACUUCUGUGUAUUUUCUUUUUUAACCAGUUUAAUAUUUGGGGUUGGGCUGAGAUUAAUUCGAUGAACGCAGGUUACAUUUCUCUUUCACUAUUUGUCCAUGAAACUGACAUUUAGUAUUUAACAGCAUAACUUACUAGGUUUGACUGAUGUCUAUUUACUGUCAACAGGUUUUCUCCAGGUUUUGACUUUGAUAAUGUAAACUAAGUGUUUUAUGUUUUCAAAUCAUGGUUGUAACAAUUUUUAUACCUUUUUUUUUUCAUAAAAUAAAUGCCUUGUUUUUAUGACUUAUGUAGGAGACAUUGUACUAUUAGUGCAUAUUGUUGUUUGAUAGCUGGUACAAAAAUGGUGCUCAUGUAUUGUCUUGGUUACUUUAUAUUUUAGCUUGUGAUGCAGUUAUUUGAGUGUUGACAUAAGCUUUUACAUUGGUGCUUUUAUGUUUUAGUUUGGUUUUUCUAGGUCUUCCCAAGCUAUGUUGCCAUGAAUCUGUCAUUGUAUAGCUGACAUUAUCAUAAAUGAAAAGGAAGAGGUAGUUUACAAUAUUUCUUAUGUAUCAGUUUUACAUUUAUGCAUUUGGCAGAUGCUUUUAUCCAGUGCAUUCAAGGAAAACCUUUGAUCAGUUUGUGUGUUCCCUGGGAAUCGAACCUGUGAUAGUGGCGUUGCUAGCGCCAUGCAGUUUACUUGGAACAGAUCAAAUCGUUUUUGAUUUGACUGAUUUCUUGAUGUGGACUCAAUCUCUCUGUGAAGAUUACAGUGCAGAAAUGAGCAUAAUACAGCUUUUGUAUUGUAAUUAUUAUUUCUCCAAUGUGUUAAAUUAAUGCUCUUUUAAAAACACACUUUCCCUCCUUUUCUUUGGUUAGUGGAUGACCUGGUUUUAUUUUUGAUUUGUUUAAUCUUUACACAGUCAUGCUUGUAUAUACAUUUUGUACCCAAGUAUUCUUUUACAUAUUGUUUUAUUGUACUCCCAUAUUGGAAAUAUGUAUACACUUUGGGUGGGAGGGGAGUGCAUUUUGUAUUUUAAAUUUUUUUUUUUUUUUUUUGCAAGAAAGCGUAGAUCAGGUUUAUGAGGAAAAAACUGUUAAAACAUACUUAGUUUUGUAAACUUU